AUGACUUCAAGGCGAUCAAUCUAUUUGAACCCCGCUGCCGCAGAUGAGCGCUUCAAUCUUGCGCUGCCCGCCGGCGCAGCAGAAUUCCACCAAUCGCUUCCCAACUAUGCGCCAACUCCGCUAGUCUCUCUUCCCGAGGUUGCGACUGAAUUGGGCGUUCGAGCGGUACUUGUCAAGGAUGAGAGUAAUCGCUUCGGACUCCCCUCCUUCAAGGUGCUGGGUGCUUCGUGGGGCUGUUUUCGGGCUGUCGCGCAAGAGCUUGGACUGCCUCAUACCGUCAACCUUGACCAGCUCUCGAGUGAAGCUAAGAAAAAUUCAAUCACAGUGGUGACAGCAUCGGAGGGCAAUCAUGGACGAGCAGUUGCAUUCAUGGCGCGCUUGCUGGGAAUCAGUGCCCAGAUCUUCGUGCCCAGCUCUAUGCCGGAAGCCACAAACAAGCUGAUUUCUUCGGAGGGUGCCCAGGUAGUUGUCGUGCAGGGGUCUUACGAUGAUGCGGUGCAAGAGGCAUCGGAUCGCGCAUGUCAGGGAAAAAGUGCACUGUUGAUUCAAGAUACCGCAUUUGAAGGAUAUGAACAAGUUCCCUCUUGGAUUGUGGAGGGGUACUCGACCAUGAUGAACGAAGUUGAGAAACAAGCAUCCGAAAUGGGUCUCCUUCCCAACGUGAUGAUCACUCCGGUUGGCGUGGGUAGCCUUGCCCACGCCGUAGUUAAAUAUUGCAAGUCUCGAGAAACACCUUUAUCUGUUGUCGCUGUUGAGCCCGACUCUGCUCCCUGUCUGUCAGCAAGUUUGCAGGCCGGCAAAUCAAUUACCGUCAAAACUCCUUCUACCAUAAUGAACGGUAUGAACUGUGGGACUGUUUCUUCUACCGCUUGGCCGGACUUGCAGCGACUUGUUGACGCCUCCGUCACAAUUUCAUCCUACGAAAGCCACCGUGCCGUGCAGUAUCUGACAUCAAAGUCGGUUCCGGCUGGCCCUUGUGGUGGUGCCUCCCUUGCUGCUCUUCGGCAUUUGAUAACCGACCCAAAUGCCUCGUUCUUGGAUAAAGACUCUGUUGUGGUGCUUCUGAGUACAGAAGGUGCCCGCGAGUACCCUGUCCCUCGAGAUGUGUCCGGCGAGGAUUCCGUGGCACUAACCCAGACACUCACCCAAAUCAACUCAUCGAAUCCCACGCUGUCCGUGGAAGACGGUGUAGGAGAGAGUGAGAUUGCCGACUACCUUGAGGCAUGGUUUGCUCAUCGUGAUAUCGAAUAUCACCGCGUAGAGCCAGUUGCUGGACGGCCGUCUAUCGUCGGUGUUCUCCGUGGAAGUGGAGGCGGCAAAUCGUUAAUGUUCAACGGCCACAUUGAUACUGUCAGUCUCACGAGUUACGAGACAGAUCCCCUUUCAGGAACUAUCCAGAUGAAAAACGACCAGGAGGCGGUAUUUGGACGAGGGUGUCUUGACAUGAAGGGCGGUCUAGCGGCAGCACUUGCCGCUGUUGCAUUGAUCAAAGCCAGUGGCCAGGUGCCCCGUGGUGAUAUUAUUAUUGCGGCUGUUUCAGAUGAGGAAGACGCUUCUCAGGGAACCCGGGAUAUACUGGCCGCUGGAUGGAGGGCAGAUGCAGCAGUUGUUGCGGAACCAACUUCUCAUGUCAUUGCCACGGCUCACAAGGGAUUUGUGUGGGCAGAAGUCGAUAUCCUGGGAGUCGCAGCUCAUGGAUCCGAUCCAGCUGCUGGUGAAGACGCAAUUCUUCAGUCAUGGCGUUUCUUACAAGCACUUGAGCAGUACCAAGCCCAACUGCCUGUCGACGACCUUCUGGGUCAAGGAUCGAUGCAUUGCGGUUUGAUUAAAGGUGGCCAGGAACCUUCUUCUUACCCUGGAAAAUGCACCAUUACCAUCGAGUUUCGUACCGUUCCGUCACAAACUGAAGAGUCCAUCAUUGGCGAUUUAUCUAUGAUGCUUCGAAAGAUUAGCUGGGAUGAACCGAGCUUCAAAUACACCGAGCCACGCGUCACAAUGUCUCGCCCGACCCAAAAGCUAGAUAUCAACCACCCUUUCGUCCAGAAGGCGAUCACCUGUGGAACCACUGUUUUCGGUCACAACAACAAACCGGUCGUUCAGAGCAUGCCUUUUUGGUGCGAUGCAGCUUUCCUUGGUCAAGCUGGAAUUCCGUCAAUUGUCUUCGGUCCUUCUGGCGAGGGCCUACAUGCGAAAGAAGAAUGGGUUUAUGUCGAUAGCUUGCGACAGAUGGAUGAGAUAUAUACCCUUUUAGCUCUGGAAUUCUGCUCAUAA